AUGGACGCACCACCCAUCACGCCUGGGGAGCUGCUGUGUCUGGGCUCCAGUCUCGCCUUCUCCGGCCUCUUCUACUACCUGUACAGGAAGAAAGCCAGAGUCAUGGCACGCAUACAGGAGGCCCCAAAGCUCCAGGUUGAUGAUGAUUUACCAGCACUGGUGUCUGCAGCUGAUGGGAGGUGCCUGCCUUAUGUUGCCCUGGAAGGCAUAGUGCUGCCAGCCAAGGCUGCUCUGACCAGCCAUUACCAUGAGGGGCUGCAGGGUGUGAUCCAGAAACUGCUUCUGAAAGAGCAUCGGCUGAUCUGGAACAGCUUGGCCCGGAGCUGGAGCGAGAGCGAGCGGGUGCUCUCGGAGCAGGUCUACACCGUCCCUUUCUUGCUGGCCUCGCCGGACUCUGAGGCAGUGAUGCCAGUGAGUGUGGAGAGCCCACUCCAAGCUGUCUGCCUGCCACUGGAGACAGUGUAUGAGCGG